UUUUGUUUAAAAUUCAUAAAAUGAUAACUGUACUGAAAAUUAGUGUUUAGUACAAUGGAGUAAUGUUUAAAUGAUCAAGUCAUUUUUAAAGGAAGAGAAAAAGAAUUUAUGAUCUAAAAUUGGAUUGGAUUUAAACUAAAAAUGGAAGAAGUUAAAGAAAAACCAAAGCCAUUGAAAGUAGACCAAGGAACAGACACUUUUACUGAGGAAACUCAAAAACAUCAGACAUCCUCUAAAGUUGACCAAGGAACAGAUCCUCUACCAGAGGAAACACCAGAACAAACAGUUAAUCAGGAGGAGGAAACUUUCUCCCCAGAAGACCAAGACAAAUCAUUAAGGGUUGAUCAGGCAACAGGAACUGAAGACAUGGGGGCUGGGGCCUCAAAAGACGGAGAAGUGGUGGAUGAUGAUGAGCAGUAUGUCCAAAGACCAGAAAGGAAGAGGAGUAAUGAAGCAAACCAGGAGCCUGGACCAUCCUCGUCACAUAGAGGAAUACAACAGAGACCUUCUAUAAGUAGGCGGCUGACAGCUCAGAGUAAAAGUAGCUCACAAUCAUCAAGAACAGAUGACAAAAAUGAUGUUUUGAAAUAUAUUGAAGGCCAAGAAGAACCUGUUGUAUCAGUUUCAGCUAAUGGAUUUGCAGUACCAGAAAUUACUGUCAUGGAGGGUCAGACGGUUACGUUUUUAUAUGAGGAGGCAAGACCAACAAAUAAUGUUAUUCAGGUGAUACAUGAUGGGGACAAGCUACGUCCUGUUAUUGGUGGUUUUUCCUGUGAUGCAAAUAAAUGUAAAGGAAAAUAUAAUCAACAGUUUAACUUGGAAGGAGAAUACAAAUUUGCCAUAAACAAUGUGAGAUGUACACCGUUGACAGUUGUUGUAAAAAGAAGGACAGAUUUAUUGGCUGAAAUUACAGAUGAUGGGUUUAAUCCAAAGAAGAUAUACAUAGACCAGGGCCAUUCUAUAAAAUGGCAGUGGAAACAGUGUACAGCCCCUCACUCUGUACAGGAAGUCAAAUAUUGUAUAGAGAAAGGAUGCUUUAAAAAGGAGGCAGAAAAUGCAGAGGUUGUGAAAACAGUAACAGGAAGUUUCAGACAAACUUUCACGAGACCAGGCCUAUACUUUUUCCAGACUGAGAGUGGAGAAGUUGAGAAAGUUCACCAUUGUGCUGUACAUGUCAGAGAAACACAGAGAGAAUACAAAGUAGAACUAUUAGACAGAUCCUUCCAGCCAAUGAUUUUGUUGAUAGAGGAGGGUGACAGAGUCUGGUGGUUUUGGGACAAAUUUAAAUGUAAGAAGCUUCACAGUGUAUACCAGAUAGAGGCACCAAAUGGUGAACAUGGAGAUGACGAACCUUAUGAACCUGUACAGAAUGGAUUCAGAAGCUCUGUUCCGAGUAAACAAGGCCUACUGUCCCAUGAAUUCUACACACCAGGAGUUUAUUAUUACUCAGAUCAGAAUUUCCAAGAAGCUGCAGAAUACAUAGGAACAAUUAUAGUCAAACCUAAACAGAAAGAACACUAUGUAGACCUAACAGAGAAAGGCUUUACGCAAGAUGUUGUGAAUGCCCAAACAGGAGACAGAAUUUGGUGGACCUGGGAUGCUGAAGAAAGUCUUGAAAGAAACCACAUAUUUCAUAUAUCUGAAGUUGAUAAAAUGCUCAACCCACUCGCUAAAUUACCCACUUCUGAAAAUGAAAAAUACCACCACCUUAAUGAGGAUGCCAUCAGACUUUGUACAAGUGUGGGUCUGGCAACUACGCAAUAUACAACCAUAGGGGUGUAUAAUUACAGAAUCGUGAAUGGACCAGAUAGCAUGAAUACAUGUUCAGUAAUAGUUAACCCUGGACCAAAGAAUCACACAAUACAUCUGACAGACAAUGGAUUUGAACCCAAAGUGAUCACUGUCCGUCCUAAUGAUAGAGUCUGGUGGGUUUGGCAGUCAAGUAAGAAGCCACAUGAUAUCAUUCAAGUAUCUCAUCAAGGCAAGCCAAUAGAUGAUGGAUUCUGUAGUGGACAGGCCAGAGAUGCUCCCUCAGCCUUUGUGCAUCAGUUUAUGGCACCAGGUGUAUUCUAUUUUAUUAGUUCAGUUUUGCCAAAAGUAUUUGGUGCUAUUGUGGUAUCAACACAACCACAGGUACAUGAAGUAAAUGUAGCAUUAGAGAUCAGACCAGACCCAGUAACAAUCAAAUGUAAUGACAUUGUAUGUUGGAUAUUCAGAGGUCUUAGAUCAUAUGAUGUGGAUGAAGUAAAAAAUGUUGAUCAGCUCACAACAGAGGAAUUAGAAUCAAAAGCUGUCACUCCAAGGCGAUGUAUAUCACAAGCUGUACAGAAGACAGGAGUAAUCCAUUACUACAGUAAAUCAUUCAAAAGACAGAAGAAAGAGUCUGAUAAUUUGAUGGAUGACAUCCGAGUCAGCAGUGUGAUUUGUGAUGAGCGCUAUGACAAUCAAGUUUGUCGUUUGGAUUCAGAAGGUUUCCAUCCACACUUCCUGUAUGUAACCAAGGGUCAGAGUGUUUUAUGGACAUGGAAAGGGAAUGAAGAAGCUCAUAACAUUAUACAUGUAUCAUCUCCGGAAAGCAAGGAAAUGUCAAACGCACCUACUCAAAAAAAUGAAGAACCAUUGAAUGUAAUAUCUGGACCAAAAGCCUUUAACAGUGGGAAGCCCACACCUGACAACAGUUUUCUGUAUACAUUUGAUGAGCCUGGAUCUUACACAGUAGCUUCACAAGGAGCGCCUGGUUAUUCCUGUAUUGUAUUUGUCCUGGCAGCAGCUGGAAGAGUAUCCGAUCCUUAUAUAUCAUCAGUAGAUGGAGGAUCAGUUAACAGUGGGACAAAAAUUACAUUAGGUUGUGAUUCUCCUGGUUCUAAGAUAUAUUUCACCAUAGAUGGAGCACCACCAGAGUUACAUCUAGACUCAGCAAAGCUAUACACAGAGAAAGGUAUAAAGUUGAAGAAGCCAGGAUUGUGUUUUGUCAGAUUUAUGGCUGUCAAAGAAGGCUUUCUUAAUAGUCAUAUUAUAACUUCAAGACGAUACUUUGUACUACCAGAAGAAAGUGAUACACAAGAUGACACUAGUGAUUCUGAUGCUGAAUCUGCAGUAUCUGAAAAGCGACCAUCACCUAAGACCAAGAAGCAUUGGACAUGGUGGGACUGUGUACCAACAGUAAAAGCAUGCUUUACUGGACCUGGAAUUAUGGAAAUAUUCUGGGAUUCACCAGAUGAAAGUAAUUUGUCACUUAUCAAAGGGUACCAGCUAUUCUUGAAUGGUGUGUCAUACUGUGAGAUGUUCCCUCCUAACAAUAAUAGUAUAAACAUCAGUGGAUUGGCUGGUGGACGCUUGUAUGAAGUUGUGGUGGAAGUAUACUCUACCAAUCCUAAACAAUCUCCACAGAUGUCUAACAAAUUGAUGAUGAAGAGUCCAUUAGUCUCAAAUGAUGGAGGACCAAUUAUCUCCCUUGAGAGAACAGAUAAAGAAGAUGCCAUAUCUGUUGUAUGGAUGUCCAUUGAUUCCAGAUCAUACCCUAUUUCUGGCUAUCUUGUUUUCUUGAAUGACCAACAAUGUGGAUCAAGGCUUGUCCCUGAUCCAGACAGCAACAGAUGUAAAGUUGUCAUUGGUGGUUGUGAAUUAGGUGUCUCACAUAAAAUCUAUGUGGUAGCUUUACCCAAAGAUUUACCAGAGGGUGAAGUCGAUGACUCUAAAGUAUCAAACCUUCUUGAAGUGACCUUGCCCCUGUAUGUAAGUGAGAUAGUGCUGCCACCUGAAGGCAAACGUCUGGAAGAAGAGGAGCUAUACCUAGAGUAUAUUGAGAUACAUGAAGGAUCAGGUUACCUACAGGCCAUGGAUGAAAGUAUAAAUAAAGCUAGUAGAGCAGAAGUUAAUGAGAGAAAUAGAUUUCAAAAAGAUAUGACCUCUUCAGGGUCACAGAGGUCAGCAAGUUCACGUCGUUCAGCUGUUAGAUUAAGACGUUUAGAUAACACCAGGAUGAAACAAAUACCUGAGACAAUUGUUGAAGUGGAACAACGGAAAUAUAAAGAUGAAUCUGAGGACCAAAGCAGUAUGACAGAUGAUGCAAAGAAACGUCCUAGGAAAAGACUAGCUUCAAUGUCAGAAGAAUCUGAAACUGAAACUGAAACUGAAAGUAGUGAAACAGAGACUGAAACCUCUGAAAGUGAUUCAGAAACAGAAACUGAUGAUUAUGCCAUCCCAAGUGAAGGAAGUAUGGUUGUCAUGGAUGCACAAAGACCAUAUGAUGAAGUCAGAGUUCAAAGACGUGAAAGACGUGAGAGAGAAAUUGUUAGAGGUAGCUCACGGAGACUGAAGGAAUUUAGAAGUGAGGGUGUUGAAACAUCUGGAUAUUCUCCAAGACCUCCAGAUACUCCAAGAUCCAGUCGUCAUUCUGGAAGUAAAAAGCAGAGAACAGCUAUUCUUGAGGUCCAGGAUGAGGUUGAACUGAAUAGUAGUACCGUGGAGAGGCAUGGCAGCAUGCAUGAAGAAAGGCAGGUAGCAGUCCCUGGAGACAAGUUGGGAAUCAGUAGAAGGAAAAUCAUUGAUGAAGGAAUGAUGAUAAGUAGUGAUGGAGAUGGAAUUCUUCCAGCACCCUCUAUCAGCGUUGAAAGUCGUGGUAAGAAUGGUCUUCGUGUGUGUUGGGAUAGUCCAAAAACUCCUGACUCUAAAUAUAAACUGUUGCUGCAUGUCGUCAACAUUGUUGGGACAAAGUUUGCCAAAGAAAUCCAUAACAGCGAUAUCAGUUUUGAAUGUAACUUGGUUGAGCAUAAUAAGCCAGUGAGAGGAACACAACACUGCUGGAAUAUUCAAGAUAAAAAUAAGUGUGACAUCAAGGGAUUGGUGUCUGGUAUGACCUACAGGGUAUAUGUUAUUGCCAAUUAUACAAUGAUACAUGGAGAACAGCCAUGUGAAAUACAGACCUCUUCAUCUGUCAUCUAUUAUACCACUGUUGGACCACCACGUGCACCUAGACUAAAGAUUGUCAGUGUAGAUAUGUACCAGGCUUUGAUAGAAUGGGAUCAACCAAGUUUCCACAAAGACUUACAGAUCCGAGGAUUCCAGAUUUAUGUAGAUAAUAAACCCUUAGGUCGAGUGAGGAAUAAGGAUACCAGACAAAUGCUGAUCAACAAUAUGGUGGCAGGUAGAACUCUGAGUGUUUAUGUGGUGGCUGUUGCCAAACAGGGUAGCAUUGAGAGUGAGCCUUCACGUAAACUCCACAUCACCUGUCCAAGGAGGCCACCUGCAGUUGCAAUUACCCAGCAGCCCUCUCAUAAAGCAGGAUGUGUAUUAAUUUCCUGGAACAGACCAGAAGGACAUACUUAUUCAACUAAUGAGGAGGAUAUUUCAUUAUACGGAAUUUAUUUGGAUGGUAAAUGGUAUGGAAAAAUCACAGCGAACAAAGCCAGCAACCGCCAUGGUUACCAGUACUAUUUGAAUGACCUUCCCCCUGAACAGACAUAUGACAUCAAUGUCAAGGCCAUAGCUGGGUACAAUAGAGUUGACCCUGAUAGUUCACAUGUAUUCUCACUCAGUGAUAGUCCAAUGUCAAACUCACUACCAGUGUCAGCCCCUGCAGCCCCUAAAUCUCCCAAACUUAUGCUUGAAGGACUUCACAUAGAUGGAAUAGAUGUCAGUUGGCAAGCUCCUCAGCAGUUUGGUGAUGCUUCAAUAUCUGGCUAUCAAAUGUUGAAGAAUGGCAAACUUUAUGGAUCUAUCAUACCAUCAGAUGUCAAUAGUUUACGUAUCAGAGAUAUUACACUUGGAGAAAGGAUAACCCUACAGUUGAUUGCCUUGACAGAUCAUCCUGUUGGUAAACAUGAGAGACGACAUGAAACAACUGGAGACAAGGAUUCUGGGAUUGAUGGAUCAGGACAUCCCGAGGAUAAGGGUACAUCUAGUGAUUUGUUCCUUGGUGAUCGAUAUGCUGGUUGCAGACCUGGAGCUAAGUUGGUGGUUCAUUACACAGGCCUUGUUCUACCGCCAUCAGCAGUCUGGUGUGAACAAGUGUCAGGACACUCAGCAUUGAUUGUUUGGAACAAAGGAAUACCUUUACAAGAAUUGCCUGUGGAAAAGAUUAAUGGGACAAACAUCCCUGUUCCAGAUGAUGAGCCAAGAAGUCAUUUUAUCAGACCUGAAAAUUACCAGGUGACAUGGUGGCCAGGAGAUCGUCCUGAGGAUGAAAUCAACAGUGAUAGCACAAAUGAUAACCAUUUGCUGAUAACCAAUCUCAGACCAUCAACUUCUUACACAGUGGUAGUUGAGGCCAGGAAAAUGGAAAAAUACAAAGAUGUUGAUGAAGAGGAGAAUAAAGGAAAACAUUCAAUAAUGAAUUCCUUCAUUAUUGCCUCCAAAGCAGAACCACUGACAAUAAAAACAGCUCGGCCACCUGACCCUCCAUCAAACCUGGGUACGGUGGCCACAACAUGCUCUGGUAUAAAGUUAGCAUGGGAUCAACCAAGAGAACAUGGUGUAGAGGUUAUAGGAAUCAGGGUUGAUGCAGUUUCACUAAAUACCAGCGACCCACAUCAUGUUAGUGUUGACGUACUACCAGAUUCCAUAGAAGCAAAUAUUGAAUAUCUUCGGGAAAAGACUGACUAUCUUCUUCGUGUAACUGCCAUAACUGAUGAAUAUUUUGAUCGAUUGCCAGAAAAACACAAACUUAAAAAACUAAGAGCAUUGCCUAAGGACAUGAUGAUUUCAUCAGAAGAUUCAAGAUGGCUGCCAAAUUCUAGUAUUAUCAGUAAAACAGCUGGCACUGAGCCGCCAGCAAACAUCAGAGUUUCCAAAGCAUCGACAAAUAAUAUGAAAUUGACAUGGACACCUCCUAUUGUGUAUGGAUCUAAUAAAUUGACUGGUCAGAUUGUACGGUGGUGGGAUGUUAAAGCUAGUAAACAUGUUGAUGAUGAUUUCCACAUUGCUUGCCAUAAAAACCUUCUCCCUUCAGAUGAUUCCGUUAUGAUUGAUGAUUUAGUGCCAGGAAUUCAGUAUAAAAUUGUCAUCGAGGCUGUGGUCAGUGUCAAAACAGCGUUGGAGAAAGAAAGGAAUGAUGGUGGCAUUGAAGCAAAUAGACGAACAGCUCAUGUUAUGUCAAAACCCAUGUUUGCCAGGGCACGUGCUCCGACAGAACCACCAAGACUUUACAUUACUGGUUAUACUCAAACUACAGCACAGUUAUACUGGGAGAAGCCUUUAUUGGUGACAGUUACAGGAAAAGAUGAAAACGGAAAAGUGAAAUAUCUACGCAGAUACUUAGAAGGUUACAAAUUGGAAAUCAAUGGGAAGACAUAUAGUUGUCUUGGACCUAAUUCACAAAGUUGUGCACUAACUAAAUGUAAACCUGGGAAAAAAUACUUAAUAAAUCUUGUAGCUUUAACUUGUACAGAGGAAGGCAAGAAAGAAAGAAAAAGAAAGUAUAAAGGCGUAUAUAGGACAGUGAAUCCUCAGAACAUUGAUUACUCAGCCAUUCUUGAUGAUGAAGACAAUUUGGAUGCAUCACCUUCUGAAACAUUAGAGGUCGUAUUACCACGAACCCAGGAAGGAAAUAUAAAUACCUUGAGCUGUCGUUAUACACACACUGAGGACCGUGACAACAGAACGUUUGGUGACGUUGAACUUGAUUGGGAUGUUCAAGGAGAAGACGUAAAUCUAUUAAAACAGUUUAAUGUUGUGUGGUACAAUGAUGAUGAUAGAGUUAUACAGACCAAAUAUGUUAGUCCAGACUUCAGACAUACCGUUGUCCCUGUCACCAAGAACAAGUCAGUGUAUUAUAUGACUGUGGAACCAACUUACUUUACUGAGACCCUCCCACAGAGACCCCAAAGUAUACAACUAGUCAUCCCUGGACCCCCAGACACUCCAGAGAUCUUCAUUAAAUCAGUUAGCCCAGAAGAGUUUGUUAUAGAAUGGGGAGAGCCAAGAUUGUAUGGAGGAGUGAGGGUUCGAGGUUACCAGGUUUAUUUGAAUGACAAGAAGGCUGGUAAUGAGCUGAACCAUUCACACAGGAAAGCUGUAAUACCAUGUAAACCUAAUAGGAAUUACAGAGUACAGCUAAUCGCCUUGAGUGCCAACCCAGAAUAUAGUGACUCUCCUAAAUCUAAUGCCUUGUUUAUAUCAACAAACAUUAAUUCUCCAGGCCCAAAUGGGCCUGUGGAUGACUGGACAAUAGAUGAUGACCAGGACAUACCGGUCAUGGUCACACAGAUCACAGAUUCCUCUAUACAUCUUGAUUGGAGUAAAUUCCUUGAUAUUGAUGGAAUUACUGGUUACAAGAUACAAUGGAGCAGUGUGGCUCAACCUGCUCAAAGAGAAGUUAGACUUUCUAGUCAGGACAGUUGUUGUGUCAUCAACAACUGUCUGCCAGGUACCACACAUUUUGUCCGUCUGCUGGCACUUGUUGAUGAUGGACAGAUCAAAGAGAGAUCAAAACAAUAUACAAUUCAGACAUCUGCUCCUGCAGAUAGUCCAGUUCAAACUGUGAGGGCCUGUAAUUUCCGUUACAUUGCUGUACAAUGGGAUAAACCUAAUACCUAUGGUGAUGCUGUUAUAACUGGAUACAAAGUGUAUGUUAAUGGGAUUGUUGAAUCUAUUCUCAAUGCUGACCAGCUUAGCUUUACAUUCACACAUGGAAAAUGGUGCCAAGAAUAUGCAUUUCAAGUCCAGGCCUUAACUUCAUUUGAGAAACUUCAUAGUAAAGUUUCUGAGCCAUUACUAGUCACAUGGCCUGGAUGCAGGCCACCAACAUUGAAACGUCUACCAACCCAUAGUAGUUCUAACAUGAAGAUUGGAUGGGAAGACCCAUAUCUUACUGAUGGGGUCAAGAUUAAACAUUUUAGAGCUUGUUGCAUAGAGGAAGGGACAGAGAAAAUGGUCCAAAGUAUUGGUCCAAUACAUCCAGAUAGCCGUGAAGCAGAAUUCAAGCAUUUAAAGAAAGGCAGCUAUAGUGUUUAUGUAGAAAUUCAUUUAUAUGGUACCAGUGAAAUAGUUUGUACUGAGGCCAUCAGGUUACAGCCAGCCUUGUCACCAGACCCUCCACGUAUUAUGGUGACUGUUGUAGGAUUAGAGGAACGUAGGACCCUUGAGAAAGUUACAUGUGAUCUAGUCAACAUCAGAGACAGGUUGAUAAGAAGAGUUGGUCACAAAUUGAAGGAAAUUGGUGCAUUGUCCAACCCAAUGCGUGCUGAGAAGAACAAAGGUGUGAUAGAAGGAGCCCAUACUUUGUCUCGAGUUGAGGAAUAUUUAGAAGAUUGCUUUUUGGCCUUACAGCAUUUCACAGGUUAUUUGGAAGCACAUGUUAGCUGGUCUUGUCCACAAACAAGACCUGAAAUGGUUGUCGCUGGUUACAAAGUGUUGAUUGAUGGAAAGCAGUAUGGUAGUGCCAUGCAUGAAGGAGUGAAAACUGUUAGAAUUAAGCUAGGACUAGAACAGCCAGUGUACAGAUUGUCAAUGAUAUCUAUGACAGACAAGCCACAGGCUACCAGUGAAGAUUCUAAUGUUGUAGAGUUAUUAUCGGAUCAAUUCAGACCAUUUGCCUUCUAUUGUUAUCAUGCCGUUCAUGCUGAGGGCAUGAAAUGGCCAAACCAAGGCUGUUGCAAGUUCUCAGAUUCACUAGCUUAUGAACGGCAGGCGGCUAAAAAAUUGGCCAAUCAGGGAUUACUAAAGAAACGAGUACCUCCACCAUCAUGUAGCCUGUUGGAUAUAUUUGAUGGUGAAUACAAGCCUUUCUUAUCUACACACAGUAAACAGUAUGCUACAGCAGUCCUGUUCUGGACACCUUGGUGCCUUGCUUCUCAGACUUUCAUCAAUUACUAUACUAGAUUUGCAAAAGAACAUUCAUCACAGUACAACUUUAUAGCAGUGUCUUGUGGUGUGAAUGCCACAUCUGCAGCCAACAGGAAGUCACUUAUCCACAGAAUAACAUCCAGUGGCUGGCGGGAGGAUAGAUCAGUGUGGCAUUGCACUAGUCAAUGUGCCAGUUCUAUAGAUGAAGCCAGCAGUAAAGUGUGGAAAACUACAAUGUCAGGUGUUCCUAAGAAACCUGAAGACAGCAAUGCUCCUAAUGUUGAUUUGACAGAGAUCCUGGGUAUAGCAGGAGUACCAACAUUACUUGUAAUACAUCCUGAUGGAUAUAUUGCAUGGCAUGGGAGAUAUCGUGCCUAUGACUACGCAGGUUUUAGUUCUUUCAUGCAGCAUACAUUGAGUGAAGUUCUCAAUGUACCUAGUCCUGCCUAUGGAUAUGAUGCCUUCAAAAAUAAUAUUACACUGGAUGACGAUGCUGUUGAAUCAGUAUUAGGAUAUGUAAGGGAUCCUUCAAGAAGUAAAAUUGUAAGAAUUCCAUCCGAGAGACCACCAAGUCCAGAACCUUUGAUGGAGAGCAAAUAUGCUGAUGAAAAGACCGUGGAACAAUUAUUUAUCAAACGUAAACAACAAAGUCCAAGAUCCCGCAGGAAGAAAUUAACUGUCAAUCAUCGACCCUACUCUGCCUCAGCAUAUGUGCAGUUACUGAAAAGUCCAUAUAUGCAGAAAGUUGUCCCCUCUCCAAAAGUGCUAAAUAAGAUGCUACGACCAGCUAGUGGCGGUCCACGGUUAGGUUAAUGGAUUACAAAAGUUUAUCAAUGCUAAUGACAUAUGAAACGAAAUGUUAACUGUUAUGUUUGAAAAAGUCUUUUCAACUGGUUGGUAAUGGUUGAAGAAAAGUAAUGAAACUAAUUUGUUUAUCAUUUUAAAAAGUUUCAUUAGAAAAAACACAUCAGGGUGAAAAUGUUAGAAAAAAAGAUUUUUGUGUAAAAGAUUUCACCAAUCACCUUUAUUUAAGGUCCAGUGAUAGUUAUGUAGAAAACUGUCAGAAAAAAUAGAUCAAAUCAAAAUAUCUGUAAUAAUUUAUUUUGUUGAAUUUGCAUUUAUUUCUGUUGAAUGAAAAUAGUGUGGUUUUUUUCUAGCGGUGUAUAGUAUUUUCCUUUACUUAGCUAUUUUAGAUAUAAUUAAUUCAAAAUUGCCUUCCACAUUCUUUUCUUUAAAAAAAAAAUAUUGGUAACUUCAAAGGUUAAUAACUAUUCUAACACAUAGGUAUUUCCAAUAUUUUAAAUAUAAAACACUAAUUUAAUGUGAAAAAAAUAUUUUUAAAUCAUAAUUUACUAGUUUUAUCACCAUUUUCCCCAAAACAAGAAAAUACUUUACUCUUUUGUAAUGUUAGAAGGUCAAAGUGAACUUUUUGCACAAAUUUCAAUGGUCAAUAAUAAUUAAAUCAUCGGCAAUAUUUUGUAAAAUCCAUACAAAUUUAAUGUAAGCAUUUAAUCAUAGAUAGUGUAUGUUGAAGGCAAAGAUAAAAUAAUUGAUGCAUACAUUUGUUUUUAAAAAUGUAUGCUGUAAUAAAAAAUAAUAAUGUUAAAAAUGCACCUUAUUACAUUGCACUUGUUAUGUUGUAUAUAAUUAUUUAGUUUAUUUAAUUAUGAAUCAAAAUCAGUAAAUAUCAAAUUUACUAUCAGUAAAUUUCUUUGACUAUACCAAUAUCUUAAAAUAGUAAUUUAUUAUAUGACUGCAGAAACUCCUUUCUGAAUGGCUGAGAUCCCUAGCACUAACAUUAUUAAUUUAAAUUUUAUAAUUGCGCAGGAGAACGAAUGGAUAAUGUAACGUUUAAAUGUCUGGCACAAAGGAAAGUCAAAGAACAUAUUGUAACAGAAGCUUCUUUUGAGAAUAAAUGCAAAAUUAUAUGAACAUGUUAUAUAACAAAUCUGUAAGUUUAAUUCAGUACGUACAUGAAGUAGCUUCAGUAUCCUAUGUUAAAAUGUAUUAAACUCUGCCUGUGACCUUUAAAAUGUAUAAUGAUUACUUUUCUACUUACCGGUAAAUCAUUAGUCAUUGUAAUUUCUCCUAAAAGAUGGGAGUUUUGUUGAAUUGCUAGUUUAUAUAUAUUAUUUCCUAAAUUGAUACUUAUGUAUGUAUUGUUUGAAGGUUGUGUAAGAAUGAAAGUUUAUCUUGCACAUUCAUAUUUGUACAGAGUAUUUAAUAAAGCGUUACUGUGAUAUCAGAGACUUUUACCCAGCCUGCUUGAGACAUUUUAAUUU